AGGGAAGAGGCUGCAGAUACGCGACUUGUGAUCCGGUUUUUUCCCCUAUUAAUUCCUACAGAAUACAGAUUAUUUUUAGACUUGUAAAUGAUUGUUCGCGUGUAGUUUCGGACGCGAGGAGAAUUUCCCUGCGUCAGUCCCGUUGUGUUAGCUUAAAAUCAGGAGUUUGCGGUCGCGAGGUUAGCGGGGUGAGUACACGCAGCAUCUGUCGCUGGACCGGGUUGACUCUGGAUGUUGUGUCCGGGAGAUUUGGUAUUACUGUUGGAUGCUGUGAACUUGAACCCACCGGAGUGGAUUUAAAAGCACUCGCCGUGUUUAAUUUGGCUAUGUAGCGCGUGCUUAGCCGGUGAUGUUAGCAUGUACGAAUCCAGGUUGAAGCAGGAACAGUUCUCAGUCAGAGGCUUUUAAAAUGUCGUAGCUUUUGUCGUGAAUUGUUGACAUUUUAUUGUAGCUAGUUACUCGGAAAGCUUCCCUGCUGUAAUUACAAAGCAGCUGUAGCCGUGUGGAUGUGUGGAGCAGGAGAAUGAGCGCGAGCUUCAUCAGACGAGGAUGCCGCCGUCUUUCGACUGAGACCGUCCUGACCAGCGUUUCUCUAAGCUGACCAGCAUCUGCAGGAGAGAACUGGCUUUUCUGCUCCUCCGACUGUCUGUGAAGCGGCGGAAAUAUGGCCGGAGAGGGAGACUUGCUCGCGGUGUCUGUCGCCAACACGUCGGUGGUCUCCAGCCCGACCCCGGGCAGCGAUAACCGAGGCUGCGAGAAUGGCGCCCUGAUGGACUCCUUUGGGAUUUUCCUGCAAGGCCUGCUGGCUGUGAUGGCUUUCAGCACGCUCAUGUUGAAACGCUUCAGGGAGCCCAAACAUGAGAGGAGGCCCUGGAAGAUCUGGUUCCUGGACACCUCCAAACAAGCUAUUGGGAUGCUGUUCAUCCACUUUGCUAACGUCUACUUGUCAGACCUCACAGAACAGGAUCCCUGCUCACUAUACCUCAUUAACUUCCUUUUAGAUGCUUCUCUGGGAAUGUUGCUAAUAUAUGCAGGAGUACGAGCUGUCAGUGCUAUUGUGGAGUGGAGACAAUGGGACUCUCUGCGGUUUGGGGAAUAUGGAGAGCCAGUGCAGUGCACUGCGUGGUUGGGCCAGUGCAUCCUCUACAUCCUCAUCAUGGUSUUUGAGAAAGUUCUUAUCAUGUUGGUCCUUCUCAUCCCCCAGUGGAAAAAUCUGGCUCUCCACAACCCCAUAAACAAUCCUGACCUGGAACUGGCCAUUGUCAUGCUCAUCGUUCCGUUCUUCGUCAAUGCCCUCAUGUUUUGGGUGGUAGAUAAUUUCCUGAUGAAGAAGCACAAGACAAAAGCAAAACUGGAGGAGAGAGAAGACGAUUCUCGUGGGAACAGUAAGGUUCGCUACAGACGAGCUCUUUCUCACGAUGACUCGGAGUCAGAGAUCCUGUUCUCAGCAGACGAUGAGAUGGAUGAGUCAGAUGAAGAUGAUGUCCGUCGACUCCCUGGUCUGAAGACGGUGAAGAAGAAGAAGCUUCGCAUGGGGAUCCCUGUUUGACUCACAUGUUCAGCGUUACUGCUAGGAUCUUCUGGUUGCUCGUCACCUCCCAGGCCCACAGAUGUUUCCUCACAAAGGAUCCUCCUAAAAGACCAAUGAUUAUGUUAUACUUAAAUUCUCUUUGCUGAGGACUGCUAUAUGAACCAUUUCUGAACUGGGACACCAAAACCUAUUUUUUGUUUGUUUGUUUUGCAGUCAGUUAUGAUUUUUGAUGCAUGUCAACUUGGCACUUUUAAGGAUAACUGUUGCGUUUAAAGAUGUGGAGAAAAAAAGAAUCCUGUCACGAACAGACAUUAUGCUGAUAAGGUGGUUUUGUAUGCAUCGGAGGAGACGAUUAGCAGCAGUGUAGUGGUUCCAGAUCAGACAUGGUACCCACUCUGUUUGUGUUGGGUUCUUUUGAUACCAGACAGGUUUCUGAAGGAACUGUUAUCCUGAUGUAGACUUUGUCAGCUUUGUCCCUUUUUGUCUUGUGUAGACCUACCACCAAGGACCUAUUAUGGAAUUGUGAGGUGUGUACAUUUACACACUUCUCAACCUACAAACUAGCAUUUUUUUUUUUUCAUUGUUUGAAUCACUGUAUUGGUGCGGUUCUAACACAACGCAGCAUAGUUACAAACUUCGUCUUGUCUAUAACACUUAUGUCAAAGGGAGCAUGUUCAUUCUUGUAGUAAUCUUCCAUUUUGUCUUCAAAUAGAUUUAAGAUGUCUGACUGUUAAAACAGGACUACAAAUCCCACACUGCAGCAUUUCUACUGCUGUCUGACAGAAAUAAUACUGCUGUCUCAUUUUGUCUGGAACUGUGAUACUCGUGUGGAUUUUUAAAUGUUGUUAAUAUUUUUGUUUUGGGUUUUGGUUGGUUGUUUGGGGUGGGGGGGGAGGGGUUGCCAAAAAUGGCAACUCUUUGUUCCCAAAGUCUUUUUCAUUCCUUUGCUCCACCUGAGUGAGAGUUAUUAUAGGAGUUAUUUUUGCACCGUUUCCAAGCUGACAUCCUUUCUUUUUGUUUUUUGUAUUUUCUGUGUCAUUACUUUGUUUCCCCUGACAUGUGCCUAAGUAAAAUGAGCAGUGUUUUGUUUGUUUUGCUUUAAUAAUUUUGGUUGGUUAUGUUUUUCUUUGAGGGUUUUUAACAGCGCUUCAGACGGCAAAGCAUAAAGCAGCAUUCAGCAGGCUCUGAUGUUCCGAAUGUUAACUUGCUUAGACCUUUAAACUGUAAAUGAUGACUGUGGACUGGCUGAGAAAAACAGGUGUGUGUGUUACGAGCUGAAAACAGAUACUUUGUCAGAAUGACUACUGGAUCUGUUUAAAAGUAAACUGGGUGACAUAAACUGUGAAAACCUU